AUGAAGAAAAUCCUUCUGAUAAGUCUUGUUAUCGUAUUGUCAUAUUAGACAGUAGAGUAUAACACAUUUGACGAACCGUUUGCAAAACACUUGUUUUACUUAACAUCAGCAAGUUAUUGCAGCGAACAACACAUUAGGAAUUGGAACUGCGGCAAACCAUGCAAAGAACUCAAACCAAUCACUGAUAUUACAAUGUUCAUUAAUGCAACAAAUGAGAAUGCAGGAUACGGUGCAUAUCAUCCUGAAACUGAUGAAAUCUAUUUAGUUUUCCGAGGAACCUUGCCAUGGAGUAUCACUAAUUGGAUCGAGGAUAUUGACUUCAUUAAGACCGAUUAUCCUUAUUGUCCCAACAAUUGUUAAGUUCAUAGAGGUUUCUAUUAUUCUUUCCUGGGAAUUUAAGAUUAAGUUUUGACCACCUUGAAAUCAUUAACCAAGAAGUAUCCCCUCGCCAAGAUAACCAUUACUGGCCAUAGUUUGGGAGGAGCUUUGGCUCACCACGCUCUGGUGUAUUUGGCAACGAGAGGAUUUACUAUUAGCAAAUUCUAUACUUUUGGAUCCCCAAGAGUUGGUGACAAGAACUUCUUUACUUACGUUAACUAACAACUAUUCCCAGGACCCAAAUAUAGAGUCACUCAUAACCACGACCCAGUUCCUCAUCUUCCAGCACUCAUUUAAGGAUUCCAUCAUGUGAACCAAGAAGCUUAUUAUAAGGACUUUUUGUUGGUCAUCCACAAGAAAGUUUAAUUAUGUAAUGACAGUCUCAAAGAAGAUGACAGUUGCUCUAAUGCUAAUUUAGUCGAUUUAUCUGUAUCUGAUCAUGCCAAUUACAUGGGUUACGACAUGACAUUAGAAUUACUCACUUGUUAGUGA